UGCAGCUCCUGUUUUUUGCACACCCCAUAAACCAUAUCCACCAAUGGCUACAGAACAACCCACUUCAGCAGCUUAACUUCCCUUCUUUUUCUCCCUACCACACGCCAAACUUUCCACACCAAUUCCCACCAUCUUCUUCUAAUCAUUCUUCUCCCAAAUCCCUCACUUUCCCUGUCACCCCUCCAAUUUUCCUCGGAAAAUCUUAUUUCUUGCAUUUGAUCCGAUUAACAACAUGUUUCUUGGAUCUUGCAAAAUUUUAAGGGAAAAAUCCCUUUGCUUUUGUGAAGUCCAAUAACCAUCUCUGCUUUCCAUUUCUCUUGAAUCAUAUAUAGACUUGGAAAGUUAUCAGCUUUUCUUGUUCUGAUAUGGAGGUCGAAACAGAGCGGGUAGCUCACCAAGAUUGCCAUGUCAAUGGAACAAGGCACGUUCUGUUUGGGAAGUACGAGAUGGGGAAGCUCUUAGGUCAAGGGACCUUCGCCAAGGUCUAUAAAGGGAAAAACUUGGCUACCCAGGAGAGUGUUGCCAUUAAAGUCAUCCAUAAGGACCAUGUAAAGAAGAAAGGAUUAAUGGACCAAAUAAAGCGAGAGAUCUCUGUGAUGCAUCUCGUCAAGCACCCAAAUAUUGUCGAGUUGAAGGAGGUCAUGGCCACCAAAUCAAAGGUUUUCUUCGUCAUGGAAUUUGUGAGAGGCGGUGAGUUGUUUGCCAAAAUCGAGAAGGGAAAGCUCAUGGAAGAUUUGGCCAGAAAAUAUUUUCAACAAUUAAUUAGCGCGGUUGAUUAUUGCCAUAGCCGUGGAGUUUCUCACCGUGAUUUAAAGCCUGAGAAUCUUCUCUUGGACGAGAAUGGUGACUUGAAAGUCUCCGAUUUUGGCCUCUCCGCCCUUCCGGAGCAGCACUGGAACGAUGGGUUGCUACACACACAAUGUGGCACUCCGGCGUAUGUUGCCCCUGAGGUUUUGAGGAAGAAAGGGUACGAUGGUGCGAAGGCUGAUAUCUGGUCUUGUGGCGUUAUUCUUUUUGUUUUGCUUGCUGGGUACUUGCCAUUUCAAAACGCGAAUUUGAUGAAGAUGUAUGUGAAGAUUUUCAAGGCGGAGUACGAGUUCCCUCCCUGGAUUUCACCGGAUGCCCGGAGAUUGAUUUCCAAGCUUCUCGUUGUUGAUCCAGAGAGGAGAAUCGCAGUCCCUCAUAUAAGGCAAAAUCCCUGGUUUUGCAAGGGACUCACUAUACCCAUCACGCUUUGUAACGAUUCAGAAGAAAGCGAGAAGGGUCGCGAAGUUAUUGGUGAAGAAAUGAUUAAACUAUCAGAAACAAAUCAUUCUCCACCUUUCUAUAAUGCAUUUGAGUUCAUAUCAGCCAUGUCGUCCGGAUUUGAUCUGUCAAGCUUGUUCGAAAACAAGAAGAAAUCUGGUUCAAUGUUCACUUCAAAGUGUUCCGCGCCGGUGAUCCUAACAAAGUUGGAAUCAGCAGCGAAGGAGUUGAAUUUUAGAGUGGUGAGUGACUCAGAAUUUAAGGUGAAAUUGCAGGGGAAAGUGGAAGGAAGGAAAGGAAAACUGGCAGUGACAGCGGAGGUGUUCGAAGUAGCACCGGAAGUGGCGGUGGUUGAGUUCUCCAAGUCAUCCGGCGAUACUCUUGAGUACACCAAGUUUUGUGAAGCGGAUGUUAGGCCUGCCCUGAAAGACAUAGUUUGGAGUUGGCAAGGUGAAGGCAACUGCCACCAACUAGAAGGCCAUGUAGCUACAAGUUAGGUUUGGUUAAUUAUUAGCAAAAAAACAAAAUUAUAAAAUCAUCAAACCAGAAGUCUAAUAUUGUAGAUAGCAUUGUCCUAAACUUAAUAUACUUGUAUAUUCUUUUAACCCUUUUGGUUUUAGGCAAUGGGCUGAAUGUUCUGUAAUGUUAAAUAUCAUUGCAAAUGGUUUUGAUUGUGUAAAUGAGGGAUUUGUUGAAGGGGCACUGCUAAGGACUUUGUCAGAUAUGAAAUUGUUUCCUUGUAUUUGUGUUUGAAAAUGGAAGGAUAGUUAAUGUUUUUGAA